AUUGUAUCAGCUAAAUCCUUCCUGUCAAAAUCAACGAAACGUGCUGCGUCCUUUAUCCUCUUCUCAUCCACGUUACCUGUUUUCUACCUCUCUUCUUGAUUCUCCUCCUCCUCCUCCAUCUAUGGCUCCUGUUUCUCUUGAUACCAUAAAUCCCAAGGUUUUGAAAUGCGAAUAUGCUGUCCGUGGUGAGAUUGUCACCCUUGCACAGGCGGUACAGGAAGAGUUGAAGUCUAAGCCAGGCUCUCGUCCCUUUGAUGAGAUACUUUACUGCAAUAUUGGAAAUCCUCAGUCUCUUGGUCAGCAGCCUAUUACCUUUUUCCGCGAGGUUCUUGCAUUAUGUGACCAUCCUUCCAUUCUGGACAAAAGUGAAACUCGGGGUUUGUUCAGUGCUGAUGCCAUAGAGAGAGCUCGGCAGAUUCUUAAUCAAAUUCCUGGAAGGGCCACUGGUGCUUAUAGUCACAGUCAGGGAAUCAAAGGACUGCGUGAUGCAAUUGCUGCUGGAAUUGAAGCUCGCGAUGGCUUUCCUGCUGAUCCAAAUGAUAUUUUCUUGACAGAUGGUGCAAGCCCAGCGGUCCACAUGAUGAUGCAGUUACUGAUACGAUCAGAGAAGGAUGGAAUACUUUGUCCCAUUCCUCAGUAUCCCUUGUACUCUGCUUCAAUUGCUCUCCAUGGUGGUACUCUGGUUCCCUACUAUCUUGAUGAAGCAACUGGAUGGGGCUUGGAAGUUUCUGAGCUGAAGAAGCAAUGGGCAGAUGCAAAGUCCAAGGGAAUUACUCCUAGGGCCUUGGUUGUGAUAAAUCCAGGCAACCCAACAGGGCAGGUUCUUGCAGAGAAUAAUCAGAAAGAGAUCGUGGACUUCUGCAAGAAAGAAGGUCUUGUUCUUCUUGCAGACGAGGUUUAUCAGGAAAAUGUUUAUGUUCCUGAAAAGAAGUUCCACUCAUUUAAGAAGGUUGCUCGUUCUAUGGGGUAUGGUGAAAAAGAUAUAUCUGUGGUAUCUUUUCAGUCUGUCUCUAAAGGUUACUAUGGAGAGUGUGGAAAGAGAGGAGGUUACAUGGAAGUCACUGGGUUUGGUCCUGAAAUAAGAGAGCAGAUAUACAAACUUGCAUCUGUGAAUCUAUGCUCCAACAUUUCUGGUCAAAUUCUUGCGAGUCUUGUCAUGAGCCCACCUAAGGUUGGAGAUGAAUCAUAUGAAUCAUACUCUGCAGAGAAAGAUGGAAUCCUCUCUUCUUUAAAGAGACGUGCAAAGACUCUGGAAGACGCAUUCAAUAAGCUAGACGGUGUAACAUGCAACAAAGCAGAAGGAGCAAUGUAUCUCUUCCCCUGCAUCCGCUUGCCUGAAAAGGCAAUUAAAGCUGCAGAAGCUGCAAAAACUACUCCGGAUAACUUUUACUGUCGCAGCCUACUCAAUGCCACAGGAAUUGUUUUUGUUCCUGGCUCUGGCUUUGGGCAGGUUCUGGGCACCUGGCAUUUUAGGUGCACCAUACUGCCUCAAGAAGAUAAGAUUCCAGCUGUUGUCUCCCGUCUCACGGAGUUUCACAAGAGUUUCAUGGAGGAGUUUCGCGAGUGAGGGAUGAAAAGUUACAAAAUAAGAUGUUGCCUUGAACUGUUUUCAGGGUUGACUAGUUCCCUUGAACUGUUUUUAGGGUUGACUAGUUUCACAAGAGUUUCAUGUUGCCUUGAACUCUUUUUGAAAGGAUAUAUAGGGUUUUUUUUUUGUUUUUUUAAUGGCAUGGACAGUUUCUUUUGCUUCGUUGUGAUCGAGAAAACGAAGUUGAGAAAUCUUCAUUAAGAACAAUUGGCCCUCAAUAAUGGAUCCUUGCAAGUUGCAGGUAAUAGAAGUCUCCAACUAUGGAUGGUCCCCAUGGACCUCCGCAUGGUUUGUGGCA